GGUGCAGACAGCGGCAGCAGCCUGCAGACUCAGCUCGGUCAGUCAGCAUCAGCAUCAUCACCAGGACGAAGCGUCUCUGUAUUUCAAUCCAGGCUUAGGUUUUUCCUGCAGACUGUGAUUAUUCCUGCCACCGUCAGUCUGGGAGUUCAGCGUCCAUCCUUCAAAUCCGGCGUUUUGUGCAGACUUUGGAGCCAUGCGUGGACCAGCUGCGGUGUUGACCGCAUACCUGACCGCAUACCUGCUGUGCGGGCCGCUUCUCUGCGCCGCGGCCAGCAGCCUGCAGCCCAACCACCGACCCAUCAUCGGUGUAUUAGCGCAAGAAAACCUUCCUGAUGACCAGUUUGCUCGAGGGUCUUCUUACAUUGCUGCCUCCUACAUCAAAUUCCUGGAGAGUGCUGGAGCCAGGGUCGCACCAAUCAGGAUCAAUCGCACAGAAGAAGAAUAUAUCAAGAUAUUCAACUCAAUAAAUGGGUUGCUGCUGCCAGGCGGAGACAUUCAGACAUCCCAGUUCAGUCGAGCUGCCAGGAUCUUUUACAACUUGGCUUUGAAGGCCAACGAUGCAGGGGAUUACUUCCCCAUCUGGGGGACAUGCCAGGGCUUCCAGCAACUCUCCGUCCUCACCUCCAGAAAAAACCUGCUCACUCUCACCAAAACCAAGGCUGUGGCUCUGCCACUCAUUCUCACACCUGCGGCCCAGUCCAGUCGCUUGUUCAGGAAUUUUCCCAGGGAUGUGCUGCAGUCUCUGGCUAAUGAGAACAUCACCUCCAACUUCCACAGCUGGAGUCUUUCCAUACAAAACUACACCCGAAAUGCCAAACUGAAGAGAUUCUACAGAGUGUUGUCCACCAACAGCGAUGGAGAGAAAGAAUUCAUCUCCACCAUGGAAGCUUAUCGCUACCCGUUCUACGCUGUGCAGUGGCAUCCUGAGAAGAGUCCGUUUGAGUGGAUCGAUAAGCCAGGCAUGGUUCACACCGUCUCCGCUGUCAGAAUCAGCUUCUACACUGGAAGCUUCUUUGUCUCUGAAGCCUUGAAGAACCAGCACCGCUUCUCCAGUCUUGCUGAAGAAGACAAAGCUUUGAUUUAUAACUUCUCCCCUGUCUACAGAGGCAUCAGUGCAAUCUUCAUCCAGAACUAUUACUUUGAUUGACGAAUGAUGUUUAGGAACUAAAGGUCCUGAGUUCAGAUUAAUCAUAAUUUAUUGUGUGUCAGAAAUCAUUUUGAGUUCACAUCAUCAGUAGAAAAACAUUUGCCAAAGUAUUUUACAGGAAAUGAUCAAGAAAAAGCUAAAACAUAACAAUAAACAAGAGACUGUGCUCUCUUAAUAUGCAAAGACAAAAAACUGUCAUCAGUUGAAGCAUCAUAAUUCCUCAGCUCUUUAUCUUCUGACUGUACGACUGGCGAUUGAGAUUAAAUGUAUCUUGCAUGCAGAGAGCAGCAUUUAUAGUGCUGCUGGUUUGGGGGAUCAGGCAGGAGCUUUCAUCAGGGAGUUAAGAUAACUGCUACUCCAACAGAGACAGAGCUGAGCCAAAGUUAAAAAUCUGUUUUAGACACUGAGGUUUUGGUUGGACCCCUGAUGAAAAGUGAAUUAUACCUACUGCCAUCAAGAUGCUGACUCUUCAGAAAUGUUACAUCUAAGCAGAACCAGCUUAUCUUAUCUUUAAUUUUCUACAUAUUUAUCAUCAUAAUUUCACCAACAUCAGCAUCAGUGUUGCUAUUUAUCUGUUAAAUAAAUUAUUAUGGAUUUGUAUAAGAGAUUUGAGUGCUAAACACACAAAAAAUCACCAUCGAUUAAGCAUCACAAUUGUACAUGAGUUUGCAGAUUAAAAUGCCAAGCCCUCACUUCAAAAUGCAACCUAUCCUUUCUAAGUUAUAACUGCAAAACACAAACAGUCCACAUAUUUUAUUUUGCUUAAAAUAAACACUUGUUGCCCUGUAAUAUUUUCUACAUGCAAGAUAUCUGUGCUUCAGGGUGGCACGAAAUGUAAGAAAAAUAUGUGAUUUCUAUAAUGCUAAUAAUUAAUUUUUUUUAUUUAUUUUUGACAACUUCAGUUUAAAAUAAAUUUUUAUCUUCUUUUGUUAAGGAGGUUUAAAGUUGGCAAUAGAAAAAACGUCAAAUCUGCUAUAAAAAAGCAAAAUGUUUUUUAAACAUUAUACAUGGUGAGUUUGACCAUCAAUUAAAAACACAGCAAUUAUUGUUAAUAUUUUUUUUUAUUAGAAAAUAGUGAGAUAUUGAAUGUGACAUUCCUGUGGCAGUUACUCAGUUUCCUUGAAAACCAUAUCAGGAAAACUCUGCAGAUGAUUCAUCUGUACAUGAUUGUAUUUUAAUGUGAUUUUUGCUCAGAAGAGCUCAAAACAAAGAGAACAUUUAUUUUUCGUCAACCAUUUUCAGAAAAUGUAAGAAAUGUUUUGAGUACAUCAGAACAUCCAUCAGCAGCAAAUGUAAGUCAAGUCAAAAUGAUUUAAUUUGAACUAUUUCUUUUAUUUAGUUUUGAACAGGAGGAGCCUAAAAGAGGCCAUACAGUUUUAACUGCAUUAAAAUAAAGAAAAAAUGUACACAUCAUUUGCUUUGUUUUUUGUGAGCAAAAUACAUGUUAAAA